UUCACCGUUUCAAAUGAAUAAAUACGUAUUGUGUGAAUCUGGCACAGACAGAGAGAGAGAGAGAGGGAGCGAGGGAGGAAAAGAGAGAGCAUCACCUCGACAAGACCUCAAGAUCAAAGAGAUCCACAACAAGAAUACAGGGAAAGAAUUCUCAACUGCCAGAAAAGAGGAACAACAAUAACUGAAUACAAAAGUGGUUUCAUGAUCUAGAAUCUCUCUGCAUUGGACUUGGAAUAAGCUUCUCUGCAGCUACAACCACCAGAUACCAACCAACUGAAGAAGACUUCACUUUAAAAUCAACUUUGGAACAGUGACAGGAGCUGAAGCCCUGAACAUGCAAUAACAGAACGUGAAAGAGAAGUGAACGAACGUGGCAUUGGAAUAAAGAGAAACUCAGCCUGGACACAGGUGCAGAAGAGAGAGAGAGAGAGACAGAGAGAGAGAGAGAGAGAGAGAGAGAGAGAGAGAGAGAGAGAGAGAGAGGAAAGCAUCAGAGGGUAUAUUAUUUCUGGGUCAUCACCCCCCCGAUGAGAGGACAACACCUGCCUGGUGACUUCUGUUGUUAAGCACAGCCAGGUGGGGACAAUAACUACAUAACGGAAUUAUGUAAAAUAUCACGUCACGUUUCAGUUUUGAUAGUCGUAAUUAUACGAGGCGCUGUCAGAGCGUAUGUGGUUCAUGUAGUAGUAGGACACUGGUGUCAACCACUAGAGCCUACCGUUUCAUGAAGAUAUUGAUGAUGUAGGAGCUGCUGGUUUAUGAAAGACGUUUUUUUUGGUGCUCAAUGUAAGCCUCCUCCAGGAUGCAUUUUUUUUUUGCAUGCGUGUGAACCUGAACCAUCACAACGCCUCUCAACGCCUCAGAGCUGCAAGGGUGUUAUGACACUUUUGGGGUUGUGUGGGUUUUUGGGAUCCUUCAGGGGCGCAGUGAUGGUUGAGCUCAGCUGCCCCAGUGCAUUGUGGGGGAGAGAGGGUGUGAAGGUACUCGCGCUCUAUUCGCUCCUAGCAGUCGUACACACAUCCCAUGCCCAGCCUCCCCUCCCUCUCUCCCUCCCGGCCAAAAUCGUUGUCCCCCCUCCCUGGCACUCUCUGCCCCUGUUGCAGGCUGAUCUAGGCUCACUGUUCUCCAACUCCAGCCCCUUUGCCUUCUCCCAGUCCCUGCUCAUGGUGCCUCCGGCUGGGGAAGCCUCCAAAGCGGGGGUCCGGGCUUCAUUCGGGCCUUACUCUGUCAGCCAGCUGGUCUCUGGGCCCAUCCUCCCCCUCUCCCCUCCUCUGUCUGCGUCUCUCCUCUCUAAACACGUGGAGCGAGAGAGGGAUGAAGGAGGAAAGGAGAGGUACAGGGUGCGGGUGUUGUUCCACGUACGAGGGGACACCAGCAGGGGGAGCUGUAUCACCCUCCAUGCCUUCAAAGAGACCGAGGAGCAGAAGGCUUGGUGUGUCACACAGCCUCCAUUGGGUCUGUGUGUGGUGACCCUGGCCCUACCUAAGGACUGGUUUGAGGCGGACCAGACCAGCCAGCCCUACCUCGGCCCCAACCAGCGUGCCAGACACACACACCGACACCGCAGCCGUAAUCGGGGACGACGGCACGAGGGUUUUGUCGUCGGUGGAGCUGGUGGCAUCCCCUUCCCAGGCGCCCUCAGAUACAGCCCCACCCACACUGGAGACCGCAUCCAGUUGUACUACUCAUUGUUCGGCACAGCGUCCAACAUCAAACUAGCACCCCCUAGGUGUGUGGAAGACAAAUUACCACAGUCUCAGAGACAGUUGAUUUAUAUAGGAGCUGUGACUCUGAGGGAGUACAAUAAAGGGAAAGAGGCCAACAGGACCAAAGAGGAAAUAGACUGUUGCAAUGGACCGGAAGAGGAGGAGCUACGGUUGGAUUCCAACGUGCUGAUUCGCUAUCGCAGGGGACCGGUCCGCACGGGACAGCCAAUAGGGAUUUCUGUGAACCUGAGGGCCAAUUUCAGUGCAGAGUUUGUUGUUAUCCGACUGAAGGUGAAGAAAGGCCUUUUGUCUCUGGUUGCCCAGCGCUCUCUGAACUCUGACCUCUGGGUUGUGAACCUGGAGAAAACGCAGGGCUCCAAACAUGACGUCAUCUCCAUCAUCUGCCACAAACUGGCGGGACACAUGGACAGCGACAGUCCCGCUGCUCUGCAGCAGGCUGCCUGUCUGUCAGUGGACGGCUUGCAAAGGAGUUUCGGGGUUGCCAUGACUGUGUCGGCCAGCUGGUGGGUGGAGUACUCAGGCCGUAAUAACCCUCCGACACCACGCGGCGGAGUAGUGAGCAGCUUCUCCUUCACUGACAGAGAGAUAGCGGGCAUCUCUCCCAUAACUGAGAGUGGCAUGAUCAUCAACACGGCCAUCUUGACCAGCGAGCCCGUGUCACUUCCUGUCAUUGUGCUGGCAGUGGGGCAUGAUGGGAAGGUGUCUGAUGUCACCGCGGCGGUGAAGUGUCAGUCAUCCAACGAUGAUAUCAUCAAGGUGUCAAGCGAUUGCUCAACCCUCUUCGUCGACGGAAGUGAAUCAGGGGUGGGCAGCACCUGCGUAGGGGUGGAGUUUCUCCUGGGCACGCUCAGUGGUUCCCUAUGUCUGUCGGUGUGGGCUCCUGUCGUCCCGCUGCGCGUCUCACUGUCCGAUAACGAGCUGAGCGCCAUCGAUGGCUGGAACCACUACACGGAGAACGGCUGUUCUCCAGUCUAUCAGAGGUCCACGGUUCAGGUUCUGACCCAGUUCAGUGCUCAGGGGGGCCAGGGGCAGCUGACCUACCUGCUGGGCUCCUCUGAUUGGUUUGUGGAUGCCACAGAGUUGGUCCGUAAUUGGCUGAGGGUAGAGAAUCCACGCGUGGCGGUCCUCGACAAGCAGAGCAAUCUGAUUGGUCUACACCCGGGGAAAACUUCAGUUCGUGUCAUAUCAAGCCAAUGGGACGGUGUGCUGGGUAGCUGUGAUGUCACUGUGACCUCUGAACCCGUGAACCCUGGUGACCUCUCAGUGCAGGUUGUGGGAGGACUCGGUAUGUCAAUCAAAGCAAGCCCUGCCCACCCUGCUGUUGUCACAGCAACAGUGACCGCAUACAACAUUCUCUACAACCAUGGGCAGGAAGCGUCCAUCAGUGUCUGGCUCCAGUUCAGUGAUGAUAGCGCCACUUUGCUCUCCGCCUUCAGCCGUGGUACCUUCGCCCUGCGCCUCUCCUCAUUGGCAGAGACCGUGGUCGCCGUGACGUCCGGCCCGUCUUUGCGCGUCGUAGCCCAGGGCGAAGGGGGCGGGCCUUUACUGAAAGCAGAACUCCUGGUCACCACCUGCAAGCCAAUGGCGAACUCCGUCGACGGGGACCUGGCCAAUCCGAAGGAAGGAAGCGGGACCAGGAGGCUGGCUAAAGGAUCUGGUUGGAUUAGGGUGAACCUGGACUCUGACCUUCGUCCAAUGGGGAGCGAGGAGGCGAACUUGGAGCUGCUCAACAUUUCGGACAUGUUGAUGGAGUCAUCUGACAGGGAUGUUCAGUACAGCAACUUCCCGGACAAUGACAUCAUCAUAGGGAACAUCACUGCCGUCAGCGGCGACGACUACUAUGACAAGGCCGGCGAUGGGAUGAUUGCCAGGAACGACCUGGAGAGAGCGGUGUUGACCCCGAAUCACGAAGAGAGCGCGGUGUACUUCUCUCCCGGGGUGGAGCGAGAGAGGGAGGAGAAACUGGAGGAUAAAGAGAUGGAGGUGGGUUUCGGGGCAGUUCUCUCCCUCCUCUGCCUCGCCGCACUCCUCUUCCUGGUGAAUUGUCUGCCCUGCGCUUUGAGGGAGAGGAGGAAGAGGAAGGACAUGAAUGUGGAGGGGGUGGAGGGAGUGGUGGAGGAAGAGUGGGAGGAAGGAGAAGAGGAGGCGAAGGAGGAGGAGGAGGCAAAGGAGGUUGCAGAAAAGAACAAGAAAAUAACAUCAUACCCCAGGGUAAUAUCACUUCAUGAGACUACUACAGACGAGAACGAGAAAAUAACAUCAUACCCCAGGGUAAUAUCACUUCAUGAGACUACUACAGAAGAGAACGAGAAAAUAACAUCAUACCCCAGGGUAAUAUCACUUCAUGAGACUACUACAGACGAGAACGAGAAAAUAACAUCAUACCCCAGGGUAAUAUCACUUCAUGAGACUACUACAGACGAGAACGAGAAAAUAACAUCAUACCCCAGGGUAAUAUCACUUCAUGAGACUACUACAGACGGGAACGAGAAAAUAACAUCAUACCCCAGGGUAAUAUCACUUCAUGAGACUACUACAGACGAGAACGAGAAAAUAACAUCAUACCCCAGGGUAAUAUCACUUCAUGAGACUACUACAGACGAGAACGAGAAAAUAACAUCAUACCCCAGGGUAAUAUCACUUCAUGAGACUACUACAGACGAGAACGAGAAAAUAACAUCAUACCCCAGGGUAAUAUCACUUCAUGAGACUACUACAGACGAGAACGAGAAAAUAACAUCAUACCCCAGGGUAAUAUCACUUCAUGAGACUACUACAGACGAGAACGAGGGGCAGUUAGAUCAAAGCAUGGGCCAUUAAGGCUGCAUCCGAAUAGGCACCCUAAUCCCUUUUAAGAGCCCUGGUCAAAAGUAGUGGACUAUGUAGGGAAUACGGUGCCCUUUUAUUCAGGAGAGAAAGGUUGUUGAUAAAAAUCAACAUUCUUAGGACAAUUGACUAUAUAUUCCUGUCACUGUGUCACCAACAAUGUUUCUUCAUGUCUUACAAGGUCGUCUUCGUAUAGGCUAGUCUUUUUCUCAGUUGUUUCUUUCUGAAUGUUUGUCUAUCACACAUAUACACUAACUAUCCAUCAAAUAUGUGUGCAGAAACUAUGCACGUACACGACUGUACAUAUCUGUCAUAUUUCUUCUAUUGGUAUUAUUUCACAUUCAUCCAUGUACAAUUUGCCGUCAUAUCAUGAAAUCAAAUCAAAUCAAAUGUAUUUAUAUAGCCCUUCGUACAUCAGCUGAUAUCUCAAAGUGCUGUACAGAAACCCAGCCUAAAACCCCAAACAGCAAGCAAUGCAGGUGUAGAAGCACGGUGGCUAGGAAAAACUCCCUAGAAAGGCCAAAACCUAGGAAGAAACCUAGAGAGGAACCAGGCUAUGUGGGGUGGCCAGUCCUCUUCUGGCUGUGCCGGGUGGAGAUUAUAACAGAACAUGGCCAAGAUGUUCAAAUGUUCAUAAAUGACCAGCAUGGUCGAAUAAUAAUAAGGCAGAACAGUUGAAACUGGAGCAGCAGCACGGUCAGGUGGACUGGGGACAGCAAGGAGUCAUCAUGUCAGGUAGUCCUGGGGCAUAUCCUUUCGAUUUAGGACUCAAUGCAAUCCGUAUCCGCUGAAGUUUAAAGGCAAUGUUCCCACGUUCGCAGAGACUGAAUUCACUCACGGUAAACGCUGAACUUCGGUGAUAUGGAUUGAAUCAAGCCCUUAGGCCUAUUGAUGGAAUAGUAUAGGGGUUGAAAAAUUCUGGUAAUUUUCCCAUAAUUCCCUGCCGGGAUGACUCCAAGUUGGACGAUUCCCACAUGCUUAUUCCCUCUUGAUUCCAGAGAUUCUCCAACUGGGAUUUUUGUAAGAACUGUGAAUUUAGGGCAAGUUACCGUAAUUUGCAACCCUAGUCCUGCACAUUCUAGUUUUCUGGUUGAUCUCCUAAUCAACCAAGCGGAAAACCCACUUGUAAAUAGACAUUAUAGAAUAACUCAUGUGAAACAUGUUAUUCUCCUGCUUGGCAAAGGUUGUCAAUGAAUUUAAAAUGAUUUCCGAACAAUUUAAAUAUUUCUUUUUGUAUUUGAUUUAGUGAUAGGAAAAAGUUUGAUUACUUGAUCAACUUUUUAUUUUAUUUUUUAUCUGGUCUAAUUUAUCAGUCAAUCUGUCCAGAGUUUGUGUUUGUAUACUGAUGUGAUUGUGCCUAGAGAUAUUUUGUCUGAUCUGACCAGACCUCCAGCUCUGUGUCUGUAGGAGAGCUGUCAUGUAUCCAGCUACCUCCAAUUGAUGCUGAAUGACACAGAGCACUCGAUUUCCAGCUAGUUCGACCCCAUGCCUGUUGUCUGCCUCAAGCUUCAGUCUCCAGGUGUUUCUUGGACUAUGGUCCUGACCAGUAGAGGUCACAAACAGUGCUAUUUCCCACUCCCAUGUUGCCACCUAGUGUGAAUUAAGGAGUGGCUCAAAUGUAAGGCUUUCACCUCAUAUGUGUGGAGUUGUAGGUUGAAUCCCAGGUAGAGCCUGUGGUUGUGUCGACACUCAUGAUUGAUGGACUGUGACAACUAAUGAGGGUUUCAUAUUUGAGGUUCCCCUUCCUGUGAACAGCAGUGGUGAUGGGGGGGAAACUUCUGGAAAGAGUAGAAACUUAGACACUUUUUUAUUUAUUUGUAUUUCUUUUUAAAUACUACUUUUUCCUUGGGUUUCCCUUCAUAACCGCCACUGGGGACUGUUCUGGAACCACAGGGGGAAUCCCAGGAUUUAACUGCCCCGCUUAUUGCCUGCUUUCAGCCGACGCACCAAUUCCCAAUCUCUGUUUUGUUUUAGCACCCCCCUCCCCACUUUCCUCAGGCGGCCAGCGCCCCCACUCUGAACCCACUCCAUGCCGGCAUACUAUCAGUGUUGGGAAAAGUACUCAAUUGUCAUACUUGAGUAAAAGUAAAGAUACCUUAAUAGAAAAUGACUCAAGUAAAAGUCACCCAGUAAAUUACUACUUGAGUAAAAGUCUAAAAGUUUUUGGUUUUAAAUAUUCUUAAGUGCCAAAACUAUCAAUGAGAUCAAAUUCCUUAUAUAUAAAUGUUGUGGAAAUUCAACACAGGGACACUCGAAGUCAAUAUGAA